AUGCAAAAGAAGGAUCUCUUCGCCGGCUCCUCAUCAUCCUCUUCUUCAUCCGCAAACGACAGUGAUGAUGAUGUGUUGGCAGAACAAAUGGCUGCCGCUGCUGCACGUGAACGGCGUCGUGAUCCGCACGCCUACACACCGUUUGAUCCCAAUCAGAAGAAUAAGAAGAAAAAGGAAAUAGCGCCCAUCAUGUCUAUAAACAAAUCGAAUGAUAAUGCCGUGGGAAGCAGUGACAGUAGCAGUGAUGGUGAUAGUGAUGAUGAUGAGGAUAAUGAUAAUAAGAGAGUGACAGUAUCCAAGAAGGAUAAAAAAGAUGUGAAGCAUGAAAACAAAAAGAAAAGAGAUAAUAAUAAAACUAAUAGUCAUGAUGAUGAUAAUGAGGAGGAUGAGGAUGAUGGUGGUAUCCGUAUUAACAAGGCGUAUGCAGCCAAGUACGAGGAGGUCAAGCGAAAAAAGGAGCUCCAGCAGCUUACAGUGAAAUAUGGUAAAAAACUCCGCAUUGGUGAAGAAGAUGAUGAAGAGGAUGAGGAAGAUGAAGAAGAUGAUGGAGCGGUGUUGUUAACAGAAGAAAAGGAAAUGGCCUUCGCUAAAGCAUUUCUCGCCAUUCGUCAGGCCGCCGCUAAAGCGAAAAGGAAACAACAAAAAGAGGGAAAGAAAUCCAACUCCAAGCAAGAUGGUAAGGAUGAAGGUGAUAGCAAUGAUAAUACAACAGAUACUGAUAAUACAGAAGAUCCACUGAAGGCACCGACGGCUGUUUUCUUCCCACCUCCAGAGGAACAAGUGCGUGAAAACACAAAAGUGUUUGAAGAGGCAAUUGUUAAAAAGCGACAGGAACGAAAAAAGUUUACCCUCGCGGAUGAAUACCGCCGUGGAGUCGUCUCAGAGGCUGCAAAGGAAGAAGAAGAUGAAGAGGAUCCCAAUCAUCACCCACAAGGGAAUCGUCGCAUUCAACCACAAUCUGCAAAGGAACGUGAACUUCGUGAUGCUUUCCUGAAGAAUAUCGCAGAAAGUACAGAGACAUUUGAUGUUCAACCAGUUGCACCUAUUCCAUCGAAGAAGGAACAGCAAGAGACAUCCAGCAAUAAAGAAAAUUCAGCUAAACGGUUAUUAAAAGGUGCCUUUGCUAUAAAGGAAGCUGAAGGUAGUUCAUCAGCGGAAGAAGAUCCGGAUGAGGCAUUUUUACGUGAUUUUUUCGUAGAAGAGUUAUGGAAACCAGAGAAUAAUAAGAAAAGAAAAGAACCCAAGAAACGGGACUCAUCAAAGACCAAUAAUGAUGAUGAUGAUGAUGAUGAAAGCAGUACCAGUGAAGAAAUUGGAAAUAACUAUGCCUCACUGGCGCAAUUGGCGCAAGAGGAAGAAGAUGAACGUUUCUAUGCGGAUGCCGAAGUGUGGGAACGUGAAUACCAGCAGCGUGCUUAUCGUCAUCAAGAGGAAGCGGCAGAGCACGUUCAGUCUUUCCCACGUCCUAUUGGUGAACAUGCAGCAGGUUUACUACGCAAGAGUGUUAACUCCGCCCGUAAAGAAGCCAGACAACGACGACUGCAGCGAAUGGAAGAAAUGCGACAGCAGCAAGUGGCAGAGCUGCGUCGACUCAAGACAUUGAAACGACAAGAGAUUGAAGCUCAACGUGCCCUUAUCGCCUCUGUUGCUGGUAUUGUAAAGAAUUCCAGUAAGGAUAGCAGUGCUGGUGCUGGUGGUGUUGGAAAUGCUGCAAAGCGUAAGAAGCAAAGCCAGGAGGAAGAGGAUGAAGAUGCAGAGGUGAAACGUCUUAUGGCUCUUUGGAGUGAGAAGGAUUUGGAGGAAGAUUUUGAUCCAAAGAAGUUUGAUAAGAAAAUGGCGAGUAUCUUUGACGACGCCUAUUAUGAUGAGAAGAACGUGGACGAAGAAGAGAUGGCCUUCUUCGAGGAUGAAGAAGAUGGUACUGGAGAGGUUGUAAAGUCUGACGGUGAAGAUGAUAAUGAGGAUGAGGAUGAAGAGGCAAAAGAGGAAAAUAAUGAGGAUGAGGAUGAACCCGAGUUAUUUAAGGCUGCUUCACUGCAGGAUGCCAUGACCAUGAUGGCAACGAAAACAACAGGAAAUGGUGAAGGCAAAAAGAAACAACAACAACAAGAAAUUGCAGGAAUAGGUGGUGAUGUCUUUGAUGAUGAUCCACUAGCAUUAUUGUAUCCAUCCGCAGUCAUGCGUGCGGCAGAGGAGGCCUCCUUUGAAGGUCGUCGUGGAGAGAUUGAACGGAUGAUCCAACAACAACAACAUGGAAUGAAUAAGGAUGGUGGUGAAGGAGAAGAGAAUGCGGGUGUAUUGCAGCAAUUAAAGGCAGAACUGCAACAGAAGGAACAGGAGUAUCUCCAAUUACAUCAUGAAUCUACAUUAGAUGGUGGUACACUAAAGGCCCGCUUUAAGUACCGCAAUGUGGAACCAGAAGACUUUACGUUAAGUGUGGAGGAGAUCCUUGCCCGCGAUGACCGACAGCUAAACAUGUUAGUUCCAAUGAACUGCUACGCUGCGUAUCUCACAGCUGAGGCGAAUCGCCGUGAUCGCGUCCGGGCGAUGGGACGACGUGGGUGGAAAAGAGGAGGAAAUAAUAAUAAUGGAAACAACAACAACAACAGCGGUGAAGGUCAUGAAGAGAGAUCGAGAGUGGGUGGGAAUGGUGGUAGUAGUGUUAGUGUUAGUAGUGGUGGGGUGCGGGUGUUGGACUCCGGCCGUCGUUCACGGCGGUAUGGCGAUGUGAAGAGGACUUCACUGGUGGAUACGGAAAUGUCUGAAGAUGCGGGGCGGGAGUGGGCGGCAGCUGUGCAGAGCGGAUUGCGACGACUGCGAGCCACACUCGAUGAUGAUGAUAAUGAUAAUAAUAAUAAUACUAACAAUAAUAAUAAUAAUAAGGAUAAGAAGGAAGUAGUGGGGAAACAACAACAUCAUCAACAACAACACCGUGGAAAUGAUGGGAAUAGACAUAAUAAGCGUAUGCAUGCUGCAGGUGCUGGGCAGGAUAUGAAUAUGAAUAAGAAGUCACGGUAUGAAGAAGGUGGAAGAAGUGGACCUCCGCAACGUCGUGAAGGACGUGGUAGAGGGGGAGGAAGAGGAAGAGGAAGAGGAUCAUCAUGGUAA